AUGUGUCGCUCAAUGCAGCGCAUCGACAUUAACUCGGCCUCCAAUUACGAGUCUGCCGUUACUAAACACUCCGAUAUCGAAGUCAGCAUAGACUUUGAGCGCAACAUUCUCAGCGGCACGACAACAAUCACCCUCGAGUCGCGCGAGGCACAGGGGGUUGCCGAGCUAGUCCUUGACACAAGCCUCCUCGAGAUCCAUAGAGUCUUCGUCUCUGACAGUCCGGCGCGAUGGGACCUCAAGCCUCUUGUCGAGCCAAACGGCCGCCCGCUUCACAUUACACUGGACAAUGUCUACAGCCUUGGUGAAACCUUCACCGUUGACUUCCAGACGAAACCCAACUCUACAGGCCUUCAGUGGUUCAAACCUGGCCAGACCGAUGACAAGAAAUACCCGUUCAUGUUUUCGCAAUGCGAGCCGGUGCACGCCCGCUCCAUUUUCCCCUGCCAGGACACACCGUCAAUCAAGACCACAUUCACCAUACGUAUAUCUUCAGUCCUGCCCGUUGUAGCGAGCGGCGUCCCCGAGCACGACCUGGUCUUCCCUCUCGUCAACGAUAUAUCCGAGGCCAAAAUCUACACCUUCCAGCAGACUGUCCCCAUAUCAAACUACCUCUUUUCAAUCGCGAGCGGGAACUUGGUGGGAGCACAAAUUACCCCUCGAAGCUACUUGUACUGUGCACCUGGUGACUUGGAAGCCUGCAAGGCGGAGCUGCAACCCGAUUUAGAGGCCAUUAUGGCCAGCGCCGAGAAACUGAUCUACGAGUAUCCCUGGCCAUGGUACAACUUGGUCAUCUUACCAAAGUCCUUUCAUUUGGGUGGCAUGGAGAACCCUGUCUUUAACUUUUACAGCGCUACAGUUAUAUCCGGCGACCGAGAGAACAUCUCGGUUGUAGCACAUGAGUUUGCUCACAGCUAUAGCGGUAAUCUCGUAACUAAUGCUUCUUGGGAGCACUUCUGGCUCAACGAGGGUUGGACGGUCUAUAUUGAGCGUCAUAUUCUGCGUGAGCUACGCGGGGAAGAUGAGAGGACCUUCCACUCUAUCGUGGGAUGGCAAGAUCUCCUUUAUGGCAUCGAAUCGUACGGCGGCGACCAAAGUCCCUCGACUCGACUUGUCCUGGACUUUGAAGGUCAGCGGCCAGAUGAUGUCAUGUCAAAGAUUUCAUACGAAAAGGGCUACACCUUUUUAUGCUACCUGGAGAGCAUCUUGGGUCAGAAAGAAUGGCUCAGAUUUGUUCCGCAUUACUUUAAGACCUUCUUCUGCAAAUCAGUAGACUCAUCACAGUUCAAAUCUUGCCUAUUCGACUUUUACGCUUCGGAUGCCGAGGCUAUCUCAAUUCUCGAGCGCGUGGAUUGGGAAGCCUGGUACCACAAGCCUGGGGCACCCCCUAAGCCCAAUUUUCAAUGCAAACUCUACGAUGAUUGCAUCCAGCUAACAAACAGGUGGACCAACCUGUCAACACAAUCAAUGUACCGACCUUCCCCCCAGGACAUGCGCGGCUGGACCGUAGCCCAGAUUCUAGUUUUCCUGGACACCUUGAUACGGAGCCCCAACCAAAUUCCUCUCGACUACGUAAAGCAGCUCGAGUCGGUAUAUGGACUUGCAAAAUCCAAGAAUCUCGAGGUAAUCUCACGAUACCUGCGCGUGGCUCUACGGGCCAACGAUCGAGACGCCAUCGAGCCGACAAGGAAGGUUUUAGCUGAAACGGGCCGGAUGAAGUUUGUGCGACCACUAUUCGAAUGUCUCAUUGCGGUAGAUGGCAAAAUAGCCUCCGAGACUUUUCAGGAGCUAAAAGACUUCUAUCACCCGACCUGUGUCAGGCUGAUAGAGAAUGUGUUGCAUGGAAAAGGGCUUCUUCAGGCGUGA